GUGGAAAUAUUUGACUACAAGUCAUUACUUGCGCUCUUCAUUGUAGGAGGUACUUUUGGUGGUUUAAAUCGAAAGUAGUCAAAUUUGGUUGUUUUGAGUUGAAGCGACAGACCCGGUGUAGAAUUAAGAUCACCUGUGAAGGAGAUCACCUGUGUAGGAAAUGCAUCAGGACUAUUCUGAAGAGGAUUUUGACCCUGAUGAUCAGCUCAGAGGAAAAGACGUAGGAGUCAGAAGUCCUACCCAAGAUGUGAACCCUUCAAGCCAGGAAGCCAAAGACAAAAAAAUGUCCCUUGAAGAGCUGAAGAAAAUGGGACGGGCAGAAAGACAGAGAAUGAGAGAAGAAAGGAGGAGACAAAAAUCGGAUAGUGACUCGGAGUCCGAGUAUUUGGUCGGGAAACUUGCGGAAAUCGCCUUGACAGUAAGAGAACCGGACCCUGUUGAGGGGACUGGCUUGAUAUAUGAUGAGCGGAUGUUGAAACACAAAAACCUGUGGGAUGACCAUCACCCAGAAAACCCGGCCAGAAUCAGUGGCCCAUUCAAGCGGUGCUGUGAGCUCGGCCUCAUCGACAGAUGUGUUCGGCUGGAGGCACAGUAUUCUACAGAAGACAUGAUAUUACUGCAGCAUUCACAAAUGUUGAUUGAGACAUUGAAACAUACAACAGAGAUGAACUUAGAGGAGCUGAGAGCUGAGGCCAUUAAAUACGACUCGAUCUACCUCAAUAAUAGUAGCUAUGAGUGUGCCCUGUUGUCCCUGGGGAGUACAGUGGAAUUAAUGGAACAGAUCCUCAAGCGGAAGGUGCGGAAUGGUAUGGCUAUUAUCAGACCGCCUGGGCAUCAUGCAAUGACUGAGGAAUUCAAUGGAUUCUGUUUCUUCAAUAAUGUUGCCAUUGCUGCUAAACAUGCCUUGGAAAAUCUUAAAUUGAAAAAGAUUUUGAUCAUUGACUGGGACGUCCAUCAUGGGCAGGGGACACAACAGAUGUUUUACAAUGACCCUCGGGUGCUGUACUUUUCCAUACAUCGAUACGAAUUUGGAAAAUUUUGGCCGAAUUUACGUGAAAGUGAUUAUGACUUCAUCGGAGAAGGAAAGGGCCUGGGAUACAACAUAAAUGUCCCUCUAAAUCAGAUAGGAAUGGCUGAUCAUGACUACUUAGCAAUUUUCCAUCAAAUUCUCAUGCCUAUAGCAUCUGAGUUUGAGCCUGAAUUAGUCAUUGUAUCGGCCGGUUAUGACUCUGCUAUUGGAGAUCCUAAGGGGCAGAUGGGUGUGACCCCGGCAGCAUUUGCUCACCUUACCCACAAGGUCAUGUCCUUGGCUCAAGGUCGUGUAGCUGUUAUCUUGGAGGGGGGAUACUGUUUGAAAUCUCUAACUGAAUCAGCAGCCAUGACCCUCAGAACGUUGCUUGGCGACCCAUGUCCCAGAAUUCCUCCGUCACAGGAACCAUGUGACAGCGUUACGGAGUCCAUACUGAACGUGAUCAAGGUGCUUCGCCCUCACUGGAAGUGUCUGCAGUAUCAGGGAUUCACCUCUGACCCUUGCCCUUAUGAAGAGGUCAACCAAUUACCUCCAAAGCCUGAUGUUCAAUUUAUGGAUGUGGAAAAUAAACCAAAGGAAUACCCAGAAUGCUUGGAAUCGUACCCAGUGGAGGAGUACUAUGAAGAGGACAGGAAAUGCUCUCCGGUUAUUGAUAGACUUAUAGCUAAAACGAACUUAGACAAGGCCAAACAUAGAACCUGCAUUGCCUAUGAUGAGGGAAUGAGGGCACAUUAUACCAGCUCUUCCUACUACCACCCUGAGGCCCCAGACAGGAUAACUCGGAUCUUUGACAAGCACACAGAGUGGGGACUGACCCAGAGAUGCACUAGGGUUGAGACAAGGAUGGCAACAGAAGCAGAACUGGCCUUAAUUCACAGUACCACCUACUUGGAUGAGAUAAAGAGCCUUGAAGACAAAAAUCCAUUUGAGCUGAAGAAACUGGAAAGGAAGUUUCAGUCCAUCUACCUCUGUCGGGACUCGUAUUUCUGUGCGCGGAUGGCUGCCGGAUUUGUGCUGGAUGUGGUGGAUAACGUGAUGACCGGACAGAGCCAAAAUGGAGUUGCAAUUGUGAGGCCCCCGGGACACCAUGCAGAAUGCACGGAGGCCAUGGGAUUCUGCUUUUUUAAUAACAUUGCCAUUGCUGCCAAAUACGCCCAGAACACAUACAAGGUCAAAAAAGUUCUGAUUGUUGACUGGGAUAUUCACCAUGGAAACGGGACACAGCGGCAGUUUUAUGAUGAUCCAAGUGUGCUGUUCAUUAGCCUCCACAGGUACGACCGUGGGUUCUUCUAUCCAUCCUCACCCCAGGGCUGCCCUACCAUGGUGGGGAAAGGGGAGGGGACAGGGUUCAACGUCAACAUUGCAUGGGACAAUGGUCCUAUGGGAGACUCAGAGUACAUUGCUGCAUUCCAGCAGAUAGUGAUGCCUAUAGCCUAUGAGUUUGGUCCUGAAUUGGUUCUGGUCUCUGCUGGAUUUGAUGCAGCCUUAGGUGAUCCUUUGGGAAACUACUUAGUGACACCUCUUGGAUAUGGUCACAUGACACACAUGUUGUCUUCAUUGGCCAAUGGGAGAGUGAUCCUAGCUUUAGAGGGAGGGUAUCAUCUGGCAGCCAUAGCUAACUCGAUGGCAAUGUGUACCUCCAUUCUCCUGGGAGAUGCCUGUCCUCACCUUCCUUAUACAGAGCCUAAAGACAGUGCUGUUCAAUGCAUCAGAGAUGUCUUAGAUGUACAGAAGAAUCACUGGAAGUCAUUAAAAUUCCGAGUGAACAUAAAGACAGAGGAAGAUAAUGAGGAAGAUCAUCUUAAAGUGAAAGAAAGUCAGAGGACCAUGGAAGAUGAAGAAGAUGAGGAGAAGAUGAAUGAGUUGGCAAAGAAACUAACAGAUAUUCAAGUGACAGAAGAUAGCAGCAAUCCCAGAGAAGAUGUAGUGAUCCAGAAUAGUGAUGGAAGCUCAGAGAAAAGUUCUAAAGAAAUCAUGGAUGAAAUGAAAGAACCCAUGGAGGCAAGCACUAAAGGGGCAGAUAACCCUGUAACAAAAGGAGAAGGUGGUAAAAAACACACUGUUGAGGGAGAGGAUCCAGGUUCUCUCUGUGCGAAAGGAGGGGAGGUACGGAGAGCAGAGGGAGGGAGACAGCCCUCAGACGCCACCCCUUUGUCAGCCAAUGAUGUUCUCAAACAGUUAGAAACCCAGGGACACACCCAAAUGUUUGCUGUGACCCCCCUCCCCUGGUGCGCCCACCUAGAUUCAGUGACCCCUGUCCCCAGUGGUCGGAUUGAUACAGGUGCCCCCUGUGAGGAGUGUGGGGAUGUCACAGAGAACUGGAUCUGCUUGGUCUGUUAUAAGGUUUUCUGUAGCCGCUUUGUCAAUGAACACAUGUUGAUGCACGGGGUGAUGGAGGAACACCUGAUGUGUCUCAGCUUCUCCGAUCUGUCCGUCUGGUGCUAUGGCUGUGACCAUUACAUAGACAAUGUGGCCCUGUUCCAUGCCAAAAAUGCUGCUCACUGCGACAAGUUUGGGAGCUCCCUACCUACCCCUCCGUCCCUGUCCCAGACAUGAGUGAGGCGCCCGAUAAUCUACUCCUCGUUACUCCCGAGGAUCUGCUUGUUUAACAUAUUCAGAACAAUUUUCAGACAAAAGCGCGACACAGAUCAUUUGUUAUAUGAAAACAGUUUGAGCUGGGAUUGUGUUCUUUGUUGAGGAUUUUUCAUUCAUUGUUACUAGCUUGGACUAACACAGAGAGACUCCCAUCCAAUGAUGUUUGAGAUACCUACCGGUAAUCAGAAAUACAUAUACAUGUACCACAUGUAAUAAGAAGAUAGCUGUACUGAUUCUAACAACCUGUCAAGAAAAUGUAGAAUACUGUAUACAGGGUUAUUUUUGCCCAGUGUAUUUUUAGCCCUUCUACCUUUUCUAACAGUUGAUUUCGCCCAGACACAGUUUUGAUUAAAGAGAUAUAAAUUGAGCCAUCGGAAUUCACCCAGUCUUAAAUUUGCCUGCUGACGAGGAUGAAAGGAGCGGAAAUAAGACGGUGAUGAAUAAUUCCCUCUACACAGUAUCAAAUCGACUUGUAGUUAACUUUCUAUUUGAUAUUAUAUAAUCUGCAUACUCAUUGAAUGUACAUUAUGGUAUUUAUUACAUGUUAGAAUAAUAUGAUCAUAUCUGUUUUAUUUCUCAUUUUAGAAGCUUAUACUUAUAAGUACCUGGUACCUCACUACAUCAAGACCUUUUACGACACUAUGUCACAAGAUAGCUAUUUAAUUGUUUCGUUAAAUUGUAUCGUCAUAGUUCAGAGGUUACAGUAUCUGGCUUCUGAACUGCAGAUCACGUUUAAAUCAAUUUUUUUUUCGAAAAUUGCAAAUUUUCUUUGCCUUUUUGACUUGCAUGCUUCCGAGGCAUAAUGCUGUCUUUCAUAACCAAGUUAUUUUCUGCUGAUUUGAGAAACUAUUUCGUAGUGUAGUGAGCUACCUUAAUGCAAUUUUUGGCAGAUUUCAGUAGACUACCAAUCAAGUCAUAUUAUGUUUAUUUGCAAGUAUUACCCAAGUGGGUUUAUACUGGUCAUUUGAUAGAUUUUUAAAAGCAUAUAGUCUAUGUGCCUCUCACUACAAUAAAAAGUAAAACUCAAUGUUAUUGAUAUUUUUAAUGGUAAAAUUAAAAAUAAAAUAUUUGGGACUAUAUAGCAUUAAUAUCACAUUAUCAGUUCAUUUACUGAUACUCUAUAUAAUAUACAUAACAAUGUUAAAACUGUUCAUUUAAUACAUGUAUAAAUAAAUGUAUUGCACUUUUGAUUGCACAUUAAUCAUUUAAAGUAAGACAAUUUCUCAUCAAAAUUAGAAGAAAAAUGUUGGUAGGAUUGAUACAUUUAAAAAUCAUAUUUAAAAAAAAUCAAUGCAAAAGCAACAACAAAGACAAAAACAAUUGUGUAAGCACUAGUACAAUAGAAACUCAAUUUUUGAUUAAGGAUUUUCAAAGAUGAUCUGCAUGUACAACAAAAAUCACACUUUUUGAAGGAGGAGAACUUCAGUGGCAUUACAUGCUAUGUAAAACAAAUCCAAGGGUUUCUCUCUCUCUCU